CGCAGCGCGGCAAGUAUCGGUUGUUGUAAAUCAAUGAUGCAAAUGAAGAAUAGGAGUCAAUAUCUCUUGAUGAUUGGGUACUUGUAAUCAAGUGAAGAUUACUUCAGCAUCAUGAUUUGAUACACUGUACGAGUAGAAAAAUGUUGAUGUUAAAAUAAUUAUGAUGGAAAAGAUGUGGGGCGCGCGUGAUUAUACCAGUUUGCACUCGGUCAUAGCGACUCCGCGUCUCUGACCUCAGACGCGUUGCGCACGGGAAGCCCGGAGAACGGAUGCAUAGAAUAGAUUUAUCGUGCUUCGUCUGAGUAACUCCGCGACUUCGUUAGUGCUCUUUUGAGCAACACAAAGCAACGACGAGACGGGAGUCGGCGAUCGAGGCGACAACAGCAAUUUCCCUCUUUACCCAAAGAGAUGAUAGCAGAGUAGUUACCCUUACCACUACCACAAUAAAAGAAGAACAAAAGAAUAAUUCGCGGCCAAUGAAUGAAUAGUUUCACACACAACGACCCACUUUCCAUUUCUACAACGAUCACAAACUCUUGAAGAAGAUUCUGCGGUCUGCGCGUCGCUUCGUCUUCGCCCGAGGAAACGUUUAACUAGUACAAAAACAAGAUGCCCGCCGGUGUCGAUAGUUUGUUUUUGGGCAACCUUGCCUCCCUGGCAUCAGCUGCCGCUGCGCAGCAACAAGGCGGGGAUGAUGGGAUCUUGCAGGAGGAUGGCUGGGCAGUCAUCGAUGCCUUUUUCGAGGAAAAGGGUUUGGCGCACCAGCAGUUGGGAUCUUUUAACGAUUUCAUGAGCGUGCAAAUGCAAAAAGCAUCAGAUAAUCACCCAAUAAUCGAAGUUGUACCACAGCCAACAUUCGAGAGCAGCAAGCUGGUAAGAACUUUUUGUAAAACAAUUUUCAUUUGAAUCUGACUUGGGGAUACCCUGAACUUGAACUUGAACUUUUUACACUGAUGUGAGUAGGACCGUGAUGACAUCAUGAUUUUCUUGCUGAAGAACUCACAGUUUCGAAUGACGUACCUCGCAAAAUUCAACGUUUCUGUGCAUGACGUUUCAUGAUCAGCUCAUCAAGAAGACCAAAUGUGGUCGCCAAACCAAUGGUGUCAAAAAUCUUUUCAAUGAUUAUGAUAUAAGUACUUUUUUCCUUUCAACGACAACAGAUUAAGCCAACGAUACACCGGUUCAAGCUCGGCGGUCUGAGUAUCCACAAGCCACAGACAGAGGAUAAAGGUGAAGGAGAGGGCAGCACGAUGACACCAAAUAUGUGCCGUUUGCGAAAUAUGACCUAUUCAGCAACGGUUUUCAUAGAUAUCGUACACUCAGAAUACGAUGUCAUGGAGGACGGCAAGGAGCAGCUCGUGAGAAGAUUCGAAUACGAAGGUAUUGACUACGAGAACAUCUCUUCAGGCUUGCAUUUCUAGACAACCUUGUUAUAUAUAACAGAUUUAACUUUUCUCUCGCUCCAUUGUUGGGUUUGAAGAUAGUUUGCCAAUUGUUGUUAAAUCCUAAAUCGACGUGAAAAGCACAUGCACAUCCAGUUUGUAAGUAUUUUUUUCUCUAUCUCUAGGUCUCGAGCUUUGCCAGAUGCCAGUUAUGUUGAAGUCAGAUUACUGCUGGUUGAACAACUGUACCGAGGAGGAGCUGUGCAAGUACGGCGAGUGCAGUUAUGACAACGGAGGUUACUUCGUCGUCAACGGCUCCGAAAAAGUGCUCAUUGCCAUGGAGCGCAUGGCUAACAAUUUCGUCUACUGCUUCCAGAAGAAGCAGCCAAGUAAGUACACCUGGGUCUGUGAGGUGCGAUCAGCGCUCCACGAGGGUAGUGCGGCAAACUCUGGGUAUGCGAUUAAGAUGCUGAACAAUUUUGGUGGAAAAAGCUAUUGUCGCGGUCAAGUGGUGUGCACGAUUCCCUACGUGCGAGUGGAGGUUCCGGUCGUGAUCGUCUUUCGCGCAUUGGGCAUUGUAGCGGACAAGGAUAUUCUCGAGAUCUGCUGUUACGAUCUCAGCGACCAAGCAAUGCUUAACUUGAUGAAGACAUCGCUCGACGACGCAGCCCCGAUUACCACACAAGAGAUGGCGCUCGACUACAUAGCAAAAAGAGGAAGCACACUUGGUAUUUUUGCUGAUUGUGUUCGGGAGUCAGGUGGGAUGUAGUGCCUCGUAUCUAUAAAAAUAUCGUUUCAACAUCUUGUUCAUCUGAGGGUUGUGAAACUACCUAAAGAUUUUCAUUUGGUGAUUCCUCCCUCCCAUAGGUGCCACCCGAGAUAAGCGUGUCCAAUACGCGAGGGAAAUCUUGCAGAAGGAACUGUUGCCGCACGUCGGCGUAGAGGCGUUUUGCGAGAAGAAGAAAGCGUAUUUUAUUGGAUACAUGACUCACCGUUUGCUUCUCGGUUCUCUUGGCCGCAUUCAGGAGGAUGAUCGUGAUCACUUCGGAAAGAAGCGUAUGGACUUAGCGGGUCCUCUGCUUUCUAGUUCCUUCGGCACCUUGUUCCGCAACACCUUCAAGAGUUUCCGAAGAAUCAUUCAAAGGCAAGUUGAUAUGAACCGGGAAAUCGACGUCGCAUGGGCGCUGAAGGAGGGCGCAGUGAUCACGGACGGAAUGCGAUAUCAGUUGGCGACAGGAAACUGGGGGCAAGACAAGCAGGGAAAACCCGUAAGGCAGGGUGUGUCACAGGUGUUGAACCGACUCACUUUUAUGGCUACAGUGUCACAGUUGCGACGAUUAAACACCCCCUUGGAUCGAUCGGGUAAAAUUGCGAAGCCACGCCAGCUCCACAAUACGCAUUGGGGUACUCUUUCUAUGUUUUUUUUCAGCAUUACUUUUACUAGGUCUACUCCUGAUUUUUAUGUCGAGCACACACGACGAGCAACGUCGUAAGUUGGGAAAUAUAUCUACAUGCAUCAUAUUUAUCAGGGCAAAUAUCUCAGUCUUCAUGUAAUCGAACUAUUCACUACCUAUCACCAGGUAUGGUGUGUCCCGCCGAAACGCCAGAGGGACAGGCAGUCGGGUUGGUGAAGAACAUCAGUUUGAUGUGCAAUAUCACCAUUGGCUGUCCAAGUAGCGUUCUCGAGGAUUUCUUGCGAGAAUGGGGUGUAGAAGACCUUGAGGAUGUGCUGCCCACAGAGAUUAAGGGUUACUGCAAGGUUUUCCUCAACGGCAUGUGGAUCGGUGUGCACAGCCAGCAGGCACAGCUUUUCAAGCGACUGCUGGCGAGCAAGCGUAGACUCGACUUCGAGUCCGAGGUGUCUAUCGUGACAGAUUUGAACUCCAGGGAGAUCAAAAUUUUCACGGACGCAGGACGAGCAAUGCGACCGCUUUACGUUGUCGACGAAAAAUCACAGGUAAAGUACAUUCAUUGAGUUAGAUUCAUAUUGAUUAAUAUUAAACGACAAUUAUGAGUGUAGAAAUAAAGUUUGCAUCUGCAACAUUGUUAAGUAUUCUUGGUGAUGUAGUAAUCUCUCUUACGAAUUCUCGUCUCUCUCUAUCUAUUAACUAUCCUGGACCUUCGUCAAAGCGAGCUCCUGAAACACAUCGACCUGGAACAAAACAAUCAGACACUCGCGAUUCGGCGACAGCAUAUUCAGGCAUUGAAGGAUGGUCAGAUGCGAUGGGGUAACCUCAUUAGCGAGGGUCUCAUCGAGUACAUCGAUUGCGAGGAGACUGAGAAUGCGAUGAUUGCGAUGUUUGUCGAUAAUGUUGCCAAGAGCACCUACUGCCGCACAUGGACGCACUGCGAGAUCCACCCGAGUAUGAUUUUCUCCAUUUGCGCCUCCAUUAUUCCUUUCCCGGAUCACAAUCAGUCGCCAAGAAACUGCUACCAGAGUGCGAUGGGAAAGCAGGCUUUGGGAGUAUUUGCGACAAAUUUCAACCAGAGAGUCGACACACUAGCGAACGUGCUUUGCUAUCCGCAAAAACCGCUUGUCGGAACACGCGCGAUGAACUAUCUGAAGUUUCGUCAGUUGCCAGCCGGAAAUAAUGUCUGCGUGGCGAUUAUGUGCUACUCGGGUAUACAGCUAGAUAAGGACGUAGAAUUUAUCCAGAAAGUUUAAUCCACCUCCACAACUCCAACUAAAUUCAGCCGUUGCUUUGUUUCGAUUCAUUUUUUUGUUCCACUGCUUCAAAGCUUAUUUGUUCCACUUUGAGCCCGUCGAUCUUACUUCUCAAAAUCAUCAGGUUACAACCAGGAGGAUAGUUUGAUUCUGAACCAGAGUAGUGUGGACCGCGGUCUCUUCCGGUCUGUCUUCUUCCGUAGUUAUGCCGCUGAGGAGGAGCGCAAAGGCGUGAUGAAUACGAUUUUCGAGAACCCAACCGAUCCACAAGGCAAGACUCAAAUCCUUGGCCGUAAGCGCGGAGACUACAGCAAGCUGGACCACGAUGGUCUCGCUCUUCCUGGUGGACGAUUGUUCGGCGACGAUGUAGUGAUCGGCAUGACACAAGACCUGGAGCCAGAAAAAGACGCAAACGGCGAUUUGAUGGACCCGAAAAAGAAGGACUGCAGUACGUGCAUGCGACCUGCAGAAACAGCAGUCGUUGAUGAAGUGAUUUUGUCCACGAAUAAGGACGGCUUCAAAUUCACUAAGGUGAAGGUGCGAACCUACAAAAUUCCAGAAGUCGGCGACAAAUUUGCGUCCCGUCACGGACAGAAAGGUACCAAAUUGGGAUUGUCAUCGCUGCAUUAUUUUUGUUGGUCCAUUUUUUUUUGGUUUUGAUCUGAUUCGAAUACAUAGCCCAGCCCCAGCGAUAUUCAUAAUCAUUAUUGCUUUCUUUGGUCGAUCAGGCACAAAAUACACUCGCCAGGUACAUGCGGAAUCUUGUUCCGACAAGAGGACAUGCCCUUUACACGCGAUGGCGUGGUUCCGGAUAUUAUCAUGAAUCCGCACGCUAUUCCGUCUCGAAUGACGGUUGGGCACUUGGUCGAACAGCUUUUGUCCAAGGUGGGUUCUCUUGCAGGCGGUGAGGGUGAUGCAACACCGUUCACCAAAGUAACAGUGCGUGACGUCGCAACGCGCCUGCAUGAAUUGGGUUAUCACCGGUACGGCAACGAACAGCUGUUCCAGGGUCACACUGGAAGGCCAAUGCCGGCUAAGGUAUCGAUUUUACUUUUUUCUUGCGAUCACCUUGAAUUUUUUUGGUCGGUUAAUAAAUACUACCAUUUUCAUUAGUAAUAAGUUUACAAAUGAGUAUCAUUAUAAGUAUAUUGGCAUUUAGGACUAGGACGUGAUCAUACCACACUAUGUGAAAAAUGUUCUCACCUCCACCUGUCAAAACCCAAUCCAGGUCUUCAUCGGUCCGGUGUACUACCAGCGCUUGAAGCAUAUGGUCGCGGAUAAGAUCCAUAGUCGUGCGCGUGGUCCAGUGACUCAGCUUGUGCGACAGCCGCAGGAAGGUCGCGCGAAGAUGGGAGGGCUUCGAUUUGGUGAGAUGGAACGCGACUGCAUGAUCUCUCACGGGGCAGCAAAAUUCCUGAAGGAACGAUUAUUCGAUGUCUCAGACGCUUUCCGAUUGCACUGUUGUGACAACUGCGGUCUUUUUGCCAUCGCGGAUAUGGAACGCGACCGGUACGAGUGUCGGUUAUGCCGUUCGAAGGGUUCCGUGUCCCAAAUCACGCUCCCCUACGCCGCCAAGCUUCUCUUCCAGGAACUGAUGACCAUGAGCAUCGCGCCGCGACUGUCACUUCAAGUCUCGCAUUAGUGGAAUACCUGAAAUAGAUGGAGCGACAAAAAAGACGCACUGGAGGUAGUAUAAUGUUGACUCGCACCAGUUCUUGGUGCCAUAGGCAGGUCGUGGGAAAGUUACCAACCACGAAUUGCUUCGUGCAGUGCGCUUUUGCCUGUGCAGAGACCGAGAAUAAAUAAGAUCGUAAAAUAAAUACGCUCAAAUACGCCAUUUUAAUGAUUAUGAUUCCUUUAAUUGUAUCAAUAGCAUCGAUCAAAGAGCUCAAUAAAUCCUUCUUUAUAUAUAAAUAUAACUUUCUAGUUCAAAUAAAGCAUUGCUGGGAGUUGCGCUGCGGCGAAACUUCGAAAAACGCAAAUUUUACCUGUAGUUUUGGGGAAAAUAUUAUCUCAAAUUUUUCAAUUUGUAUUUGUUCGUCCCGAAGAAGAGUGUUUGAUGGAGGUGUUGUCUUGUCCUUGGGAUUGGGCAUGGUAGAUUUGCGGACAUCAUUCCACUAUCAUGUCACAAAGGACAGACAAUUGUUGGGAAAAGUGACAAAGUUCACCGACGCGCAACAGAAGUUGCUUUCGCUUCUGGGAAAUUUAUGAUGAAAGGUUUGAAAUGAGAACGAAAACUAUAAUUGCUACCUAGCCGCCACCUUCUUGUGAUAUGGUCGGCGAAAAGUUACUUGUAGAAGUUGUAACCAGCAUGCGAAGUGCACUAGAAUCUUCUGGACAGUCAACAUACAAUUUCAAUUAAGAAUCUAU